AUGAGACCUAGAGAUAUUGGAAUGUGUGCCUUAUUUAGAGGUGUUAACUCAGUAAGCAAGCUAAUGAACCGUGACCCAGAAGAAGUCGAAGCUUAUGUCUCAUUAGUCUCAUAUGAGUCGGCCCCUUGUUUCGCAAAGCUCCGACAAACACUCCAAGAGGUCGUAUCAGAUAUAGGUUUGAAACAAUGCAGCGAAAUGCUUCAAAUGCCAGAAAAAGUCCUUUCUAUGAUUAUUUUAGAAGAUGAAGAAGCCCCAAAAAGCAAAACUCGUGAAUCUUCCCCUCCAUCUCCUCCAAGCUACCGCUCCAAAGAAAAAAGUAGAAAUCCCGAAGAAAAUAAAAAACCAAGCUCAAAAGAGCAGCCAAGUAUAAGGAUCGCCAGCCAAAAUUCUCAAGAAAACCAUAAAAGCACUGAAGAAGAGUACAAAGAGCUGGGCGAGUAUAAUUGCAUUAAUGAUUUAAAAGCUAGGGUCAUCAGACUUUAUGCUAAUGGAGUAAGAACAAGAGUUAUCCAAAACUUGUAUGACAUCCGCAACUUAAACAUAAUCCACAGCUGAGGCCUAUGAGAAAGAUCUGAGCCAGACGUUGCAGAAAAAUGCAGAAAAAUUAAAGAAAGGGCGUUAAUAUUAAAGCAAGAAGGCAAAACAGAGGCUGAGAUUGCUACAGAGUUAAACAUCAAGGUUUAUAAACUAAACGAAGUAUUGGGUGUUUUGCCGAGCAGAAUAAAGUUGAUUUUCACAGCAAAAGAUAUUAAACAAGCCCUAGACUUUUAUCGCGUUCUAAAAAAUAAAGACAAAACGGCAAAAAAACUAGGGAUUUCUGUGUCAACGUUGGAUGAGUGGAUUUAUAAAAAUGAAAAAGGAAGGAUAAAGACUGUGUUUGAUGAUAAGGAUGGAGUUGAUCCACUCACAAUAUUAAAUUCAUUGGAAACUUACUUUUUAACAAAGAGCGUUGAUAAAGCGGCAAAGGUUGGAAAUGUUGAUGUGCUGAAGGUUUCGAAAUGAGUAAAACAGUUUGAGGCUAAAAUGAAUGAGGAAGGAAGGAAGACACAGAAAGAUGAAGAAAUGGAAGAAGAGAUUAAGAAAAAACUUAAAAAAGCUGAGUAG